AUGGCUGAGCUAGUGGAGCAACAACAGCAGCAGCAGCAGAAUGUGGUGGUUAGGCUCAUUAACCUCCCCUUGGUGAGCUCAACAUAUGAUAUAGUGCAAUCUGUGUAUGUUAACACUAAGGAUUCCCAUCCCUACCUGAAAUCGGUGUGUGGUGUGGCAGAGCAGAGUGUGAAGACUAUCACUACAGUGGCUGUGACUGGGGCCAUGCCAAUAAUCCACAAACUGGAACCUCAAAUUGCCAUAGCAAACAACCUUGCUUGCCUUGGACUUGAUAAGAUUGAAGAGAGACUGCCUAUUUUGUAUCAGCCUAGUGACAAGAUUGUUGCUAAUGCCUCUGUCGUGGUUGUUGGUGCUAAAGAUGCUGUGAUCCAUGCUAAAGAUGCUGUGAUCCAGAGCAUAACCGGAGUGGUUGAUAAGACAAAGGGAGCUGUGUGUGGCAGUGUGGAGAUGACCAAGGCUGUUGUAAAUGGAAGCAUUAACACUGUUCUUGGGAGCGGAGCUGUGCGUAGGAUGAGCAGUGGUGUUGAUACUGCGCUUACCAAGUCUGAGACUCUUCUGGAACAAUAUCUGCCACCAACUGAUGAAGAACUAGCAAAGGAGGCUGCAAAAACAGAAGGGUUUGAGGUAUCAACAGAGAAAGCAAGCUACUAUGUUCGCUUGGGAUCACUCUCCACUAAGGCCCGCAAACGUGCUUACCAACAAGCCUUGACGAGAUUCAGGGAUGCAAAAUGCAAAAGUCAGGAGGCCAUUACUCAACUUCAGACCACUGUUGACCUGCUUGUCUACAUGCCUCCUAGGCAGGGAAACUAUUCUCAUGCAUAUUGUGGUAAAAGCAAAAGAUAUCUAAACUGGCUGGUGCCUGACUUCAGCAUUUCUGACCUGUCAUCAGAUACUGAAGGUGACCCAGAGAUGAUGGCAAUGGAAGAGGAAAUGCAAGAUUUCUCCCGUAUAAAUGGACGUGUAAUAAACAGAGAUUCAUCACAUAUGUAACUGGGUUCCUAAACUGUACAUACACUCCUU